UUUAAACUGGGGCCAACGAAAAAGCUCAAAGGGAUGGUCAGCAGAGGAAGGGAGAGCAGAGGGUGGCUUGCACGAUGUUGUCUUGGGUUAUAACUGUUGACAAGCCACUUAGCUGCCCCCAGAUUUAAGUUUAUCUGUGAUAAGAUGGAGGUAACAAUAUUUACGCAUCUCACUGGAGACUUAUGAAAACACUAUUUCUGACAGACCAGUUGGGAUCCAUGGAUGGAAGGUGGUAUAACAAAGAGAGAGUGGAAGAGAAGGGAGCAAAACCCUUCAGGGGGCCUUGGGAAGAGAGCCAGAAGGCAGACCCGCCAGAGGGGACAGUGGAGAGGCUGCCCCCCAACAGCCUCUCAGGGACGGGAGCCGACCUCCUGACCCAGGCAGGGGCCUCAUCAGGGCAGGGAGAUGGAGUUCCUGGCCCAGGCUUGGUGCCCCCUGGCCAUCUGCUGGUGCCCACAGAGGUUGAAAACAAAGCUCCUGAGACAUCCAGUGGGAACCCUGGGACUGACCUGGAGUUGUCUGCGGUAACUGACAGGGUCAGCGAGGCCCCCACUAGCCAGGAGGUUGCACCAAGUGCAGAACAAGGAACACCAUCCAGCAAGCCUGACCCUCUGCCCUCCAAGGAGGGCAUGAGGCUGACUUCAGGGCCCACCUCCCAGACCCCAGGACCUCCAGGGCUGCCAGACCAGACCAGCGCAGCUUGCAGUGGUGGAGAAACACCUCGAAGGAUCUCCAUCCAUGUGCAAGAGAUGGACACUCCCGGGGAGCUUCUAGUGACACGAGGGGGCAGCCUCAGACCCACACCUCCUGCAGAGGCUCCAGCAGCUGCCCAUUCAGGUGAGCAGGACCCACCUGGGACCAGGAGCUGCUCUCAACCCCCUGGGACUGAGUCGAGAGAACAGACCCCCAAAGGAGCCAGAGAGCUUUCCCCACGGCAGAAGAGGGAGAGCGAAGGGAGAGCAAGAGCAGAGGCGAAGCAAGGGCCUGGGGUCGAGCCCGUCAUGGCCAGAAGGGACAAAGGAGGUGAUACUGCUGGCGCCCCAGGCCUGCAGCAGGACCAAGGCCCAGGAGCAGGAAACCCUGGGCUGGGGAAGGACUGUGCAGCCGGGGUCCUGGAGCAAGCUGAAGCAGGAAGGAGGACACCCGUGGGUGCUGAGGCUGGCAGCGUGGUUCUGGAUGACAGUCCGGCCCCGCCAGCCCCUUUCGAUCACCGGGUGGUGAAUGUCAAGGAGACCUCGAUCUCAGCGGGUUACACAGUGUGCCAGCAUGAAGUCUUGGGAGGGGGCCGGUUUGGCCAGGUCCACAGGUGCACCGAGAAGUCCACGGGCCUCCCCCUGGCGGCCAAGAUCAUCAAAGUGAAGAGCACCAAGGACCGGGAGGAUGUGAGGAACGAGAUCAACAUCAUGAACCAGCUCGGCCACGUGAACCUGAUCCAGCUCUAUGACGCCUUCGAGAGCAAAAACAGCUUUACCCUCGUCAUGGAGUUUGUGGAUGGGGGUGAACUCUUUGACCGGAUCACGGAUGAGAAGUACCACCUGACUGAACUGGAUGUGGUCUUGUUCACCAAGCAGAUCUGUGAGGGCGUGCAUUACCUCCACCAGCACUACAUCCUGCACCUGGACCUCAAGCCAGAGAAUAUACUGUGUGUCAAUCACACAGGACACCAAAUUAAGAUCAUUGACUUCGGGCUGGCCAGAAGGUACAAGCCUCGGGAAAAGCUGAAGGUGAACUUCGGCACUCCAGAGUUCCUGGCUCCAGAAGUCGUCAACUAUGAAUUUGUCUCGUUCCCCACGGACAUGUGGAGUAUGGGUGUCAUUACCUACAUGCUACUCAGUGGUUUGUCCCCAUUUCUAGGGGAAACAGAUGCAGAGACCAUGAAUUUCAUUGUGAACUGUAGCUGGGAUUUCGAUGCUGACACCUUUGAAGGGCUGUCGGAGGAGGCCAAGGACUUUGUUUCCCGUUUGCUGGUGAAAGAAAAGAGCUGCAGAAUGAGUGCCACACAGUGCCUGAAACAUGAGUGGUUAAAUAAUUUGCCUGCUAAAGCUUCAAAAUCCAAAGUUCGUCUCAAAUCCCAACUACUGCUGCAGAAAUACAUGGCUCAGAGAAAAUGGAAGAAACAUUUCUACGUGGUGACUGCUGCCAACAGGUUAAGGAAAUUUCCAACCUCUCCCUAAUCUUCAACGGGCCCAGAAAUUAUUGAAGUCGGUGGUGAAGUGAUGACUCAAGAUAAUAGAAUAAUCUGGCCUUUUACUAUUAUUCCACUUAUUUUGCAAAAAGGUUAUGGCUGUUGCCUUCCUUGUGGAUGAAAAGUGUCUGUAAAUAAGGUGACCUAAGAAGCUUUUUUUCUGUCUUGUAAGAUCACUGACCUUGAAAUGCUGUGUUUACUUUUCAAGUAUACCUACUUUUGGUGGUAAGUGUAGGCAUGCUUUAGGUAGGUAGGAAAGCUCCUACUUUUCAUCUGCAAAUUUAAAUUCUAAACUUACUCUGAUUAAAGAAUUACUUAGUGGCAUGUUAUUCACUAUUAUCUCCUCCAGUACAGGAAUUCCUAGAACUUUGAUUUGCUCGGGUGUGAGCUGACAUUUUAUUGUACUACCUGCUCUAGUGUCAAGCAAUGAGGAUAUAGGACAGUGACCCUCAAACUUGUUUUAAUUUAUGCUCCCUUUUGAGAAUCAACAUCAAUGUGCAUCUUUUGAUAUUCUUUGAAAUUUCAAACUAUACCAACUGUCACAGCCAAAUCAGAACAAUGAUAAUUUUGAAUGUGCUUUUAAAAUCUAUACACACCUUCACCAUCUCUCCUAAUUCUGCUCUGUCCUGACCCUCCUUCCUUGGUUAUGAAUGUGUGAUCUAAUAAGUCUGGAAACUGAUAUGCAAUAUAUGAAAGAGAGAAGAAUGUGAUGAUAUUAGUUUUCUCAGAGAAACACAGAAAUUAUACAUCAUGAGACAAAGGAAGACUCUGCAACUACUUUAUUAAGGAUAUACCACUUUCAACGUUGUCAUUUAACCAAUUUAUAAAAUGAUUAACAAGGAGUACUUUAUUAUUCAGAAGUAAAUAAUCCUUUAAAUUUCCUUGCUUCCAGCUGAUUUCUAUGCUAUUCCCAUUACCUUACUGGAUCAGCAGUUUUAGUUGGAGUAGUUACUUUUAGUUUUUUAGACACGGGACAGUUUCAUAGCAUUUCAGGAUUUUUGUCCCAGAAUAAAGACUUUUUUGGCAGAGGACAUGGGUAUGGGGAGAGAGGCAGUAGGUGGAGAGGUUAUCCUGCUGCUGCGGUACUCAAAUUGUAGGUUUCUUCUGUAACUUUUCCGGGAAAAGUUCCUUGUCAGGAUGCUAAGAUUUUCAGUCCCAGCAAGUCUAUGUCUACUUCAAGUUGGCCAGCUAACGUAUGACCAUCAGAAAAGAUGGCUGCUGCAAACUGUCCUUUAAUGCCAGAGUCACAGUGAUUGGGUACAGUGUUUUAUUUCUUAAGAAUAAGUUAUCUUUCUGAAAAAGGGUUUUUGAGGGCAGCCUUCAGAAGGAGCUAAAGAGGAUAUUUUCUAGUUCUAUCUAGUAUGGUGGUUUUACCCUCUUUGGGACUCAAGAUUCUUAGGGAAUGCUAUGAAUCUUCUCUCUAGAAAAAUGUAGUUAAUUACCCUGAUCUACAGUAGCACUGCCCAACAGAAAUAUAAUACAAGCCAUAUACGUAAUUUAAAGAUUUCUAGUAGUGCCUCUAAAAAUACUUCUGAAAUUAAUUUUAAUAAUUUGUUAACCCAAUAUAUCAAAAAUAUUAUUUCUUUAUCUAAUUAAUAUAAAAAUUAUUGAGAUUAUUUUAUAUUCUUUUUUCAUACUAAGUCUCCAAAAUCUGAUGUGUAUUUUAUACUUAAAACACACAUCAAUUCAGAUGCUAGGUUUUCAUUGGAUAUACUUAAUUUGUGUUUAGAUUUCAUAAAAUUUACUAUGGAAAAAUAUACUCACUCAAGUUGUUUGAAAUGUACUUAAAAGUUUUCCAGUAAUUGAAUUAAGCAUUCAUUUUUACUUUGAAUUAAGUAAAAUUGGGCUGGCUGGUUAGCUCACUUGGGAGAGCAUGGUGCUGAUAACAUCAAGGUCAAUGGUUCAGAUCACUGUACCACCAGUCGCCAAAAAUAAAUAAAUAAAAUGAAAAUUCAGUCCUGCAGUUGCAUUAGCCACAUUUUAAGAGCUUAAUAGUCACAAGUAGCUAGUGGCUUCUAUACUGGACAGGGCAGAUCUAGAGAGAAUCUUGUAUCAUCUAUCAAAUUUUAUAUUUUUUCCCUUUAUGGUGUUAUUUUUUACUUAGAGAAACAAUUUCUCUCCAAAGUCCCCUUUGAGGGGUAUGUUUAGGCCAGACCCACACAAAUGAGAGGAAAUGUGGAUUUCAGCCUCCCUAAUCUGAAAUAUGAGGGUGAAUUUUCUGGAUAUUUUUAGUUCUCUGCUUUGCUGGUGUGUACUUAGCUAAAAAUUUUUACAUUGCAACUGUGUUGGUAUCAACUAUUUCUAAUGGGACUUUCCAUUUGAAUAAACAAAUGGUCUUUGGAAAGUACUAGAUAGAGAAACUCUAAAAGGUAGUUGGGGCCUACUUUUUUCACCUAUCUAUUGGUGAAGAGUUGGUGAGAGUGUAGGGAAAAUGGCAUGCUCCCACUUUUCCUGGAUAUAUAUCCAAAUAAGUCAUGCCCACGCUUUCAUUCAGUAGUUCCAUUUCUAGAAAUUUAUCCUUCAGUACUUGAACAAGUGUACAGAGAUUUAUGCUAAUGGCCCAAUAGAAACCACCAACACAUCUAUCAGUUUGGGUUUAUUUUAUUUUGGCUGCUGGCUAGUAUGGGGAUCUGAACUCCAGUUGGGUUUAGUUAAAUAAAUUUUACCAUAUCCAUAUAGUGGAAUACCUCCCAGUUGGUAUAGAUCUAGAUGUACUGAAAGCCAUCUUUUUAUUAUAAAGAAAAAUUAUAGAACAUAUGAGUACAUAUGGUAUCAUCUUAUUUGUAAAGAGACGUAUGCUUAUAAAUGUGCAUUAAAAAAUUCUAGAAUGCGGCUGGCUGGUUAGCACAGUCGGUUAGAGCACAGCCUUGUUAACACCAAGGUCAAAAGUUCAGAUCCCCAUACCAGCCAAAGAAUUGUAGGAUAUGCAAGAACUUUUACAGUGGGGUGUGAAGAGGGUGAUUGGGAGAGGGCGAUACCUGCUUUUCACUUUAUAACUCUCUGAACCAUUUGAGUCUUUUUUUUUUUUUUACAGUGAGCAUGUAUUGCUUUUAUAAUUAAAAAUUAGCAACCCAAUGUCAAAUGUGCACAUUGUUUUGAUCCUGAUUUGAGUAAAUAAAAAUAUAUUUUAGUGACAUUCAGGGAAGUUUAAUUAUAGAUUUCACUUUGAUGGUAACAAUUAUUAUUAAUUUGGUGAGGUGUGAUCAGGGCAAUGUCGUUAGAGUGUAUGUGAAAUGACUUUUGGGAAAAAGAGAGGUAUACUUAAGCAAGUGUGGAAAAAUCUUACUAACUGCUGGGUCAGGGUGAUCAGUAUGGGUUUCAUUAUACUGUCCUCUUUAUUGUUGUAUAUAUUUAAAAUUUUUCAUGAUCAAAAAUGUUCUAAAAAUCAGUUAAAUAAACUAUG